GGCCGGGCCGGGCCGGGCCGGGCCGGGUUGCAGGGCUCGGUGCGGAGCCGCCGGAGCGGAGCGGAGCGGAGCCGAGCCGAGCCGAGCUGAGCUGAGAUGCCGCUCAAGGCCGUGAUCCUCAUCGGGGGCCCGCAGAAGGGGACCCGGUUCCGGCCGCUGUCCUUCGAGGUGCCUAAGCCGCUCUUCCCCGUGGCCGGAGUGCCCAUGGUGCAGCACCACAUCGAGGCCUGCGCCAAGGUGCCCGGCAUGAAGGAGAUCCUGCUGAUGGGUUUCUACCAGCCCAACGAGGCCCUCAGCCGCUUUCUCGUAUCGGCACAGCAGGAGUUCAAGGUCCCGAUCAGGUAUCUUCAGGAGUACGCAGCCCUGGGCACGGGUGGUGGCAUCUAUCACUUCCGAGACCAGAUCCUUUCAGGUGGUGCUGAGGCCUUCUUUGUCCUCAACGCAGAUGUGUGCUCAGAGUUCCCCUUACAGGAGAUGCUGGAGUUUCGUCAACAGCAUGGGGACAUGCACAGCUUUGUCAUUCUGGGUACCACAGCCAACAGGACACAGGCACUGAAUUAUGGCUGUAUCGUGGCAAAUGCAGAGACACAGGAGGUUCAGCACUAUGUGGAAAAGCCCAGCACGUUUGUCAGUGAGAUCAUUAACUGUGGCAUCUACCUCUUCACACCUGCAAUCUUCCAACACAUUGGUGAGGUCUUCCAGAGGAACCAACAGGAGCUAGCACUAGAGGAAAGCUCCAAUGGCUGGCAGCGUGCAGAAGUGAUCCGGCUAGAGCAGGAUGUUUUCACGGCCCUGGCUGGGAGUGGCAAACUCUAUGUCUACAAAACUGAUGGCUUCUGGAGCCAGAUCAAGUCAGCUGGCUCUGCUAUCUAUGCCAGCCGCCUUUAUCUGAACCAGUACAGCAAAAGCCACCCAGAGAGACUGGCCCAGAACAAACCUGGAGGCCCUGUCAUCCGAGGGAAUGUGUACAUCCACCCAACAGCCUCCAUUGACAGCACUGCAGUGCUGGGCCCCAACGUCUCCAUCGGGGAGGGUGUGACAGUGGGCGCUGGUGUGCGUGUGCGAGAGUCCAUCGUCCUGCACGGUGCCUCACUCCAUGACCACACCUGUGUCCUGAAUACCAUUGUGGGCUGGGACAGCACAAUUGGGCGCUGGGCCCGGGUUGAAGGAACACCCAGCGACCCCAACCCAAAUGAUCCCUAUGCCAAGAUCGACAGCGAGACCCUUUUCCGGGAUGGGCGCCUCACACCAUCCAUCACAAUCCUGGGAGCUGAGCCGAAGCUACAAAAACCAGAUUAUCCUGUGAGUCACGGGCAGCACCUGCAAUCUCCCUGCUGUGCCCCACAACAAGAGCCUGCACUGAGACCUCACAUCCGGGGAGGUUCUCAGCACACCCAGAGGGGUAGGUGCAUGCCAGGAGCCCUGCAAGUGCCUGAAUACUGCUCCAGACAAGACAUUAAAGCUGAUGAGCAUCAGCCUUGCAUGCUGCUUCUCUUGCAGCCCAGGGAUGAGCCCCAGGCCAGGGUGAAGGCUUUGGGGACAGUACGUGGCUCUGGUACCAGCCCUUGGGCUUAUGCAGGGAGCACUUGCUGCCUGCAGUGUCUUGGAUGCAACUUAGUGUGUUUCUCCACCAAAGGGCACUACCAGCACCACCUUGCCACUCCUCACCAGGCUCUCCCUGCACAUUUUCUAUCUGCAACUCCCUGGAAGGGGUUGGCCCAUCUCCAAGACCUGGGAGUUUUGAAUGUGCCUGUCAUGUGUAGGCAGCUCACCCUACAGGAGUAGACUGAGGCUCCUGCUUUCAGCAUGAUUGCAACAGCCUGAGCUGGGCUCUUGCCUACUGCUGGGAAAACAGCAGUGCUAGGCUGUCCUAAGGGCACUGGCACAUACAUGGGGGCUGGGUUGGACUAGUGGCCUGCUGGCCCUGGAGGGAGCUGCAAGAACACCCUUUCCUCCACUACUACCUCUGUUCCUGGGCUUGGUGUGAGCCAGGAGAGCUGCCAACCCUACCACGCGUGCUCCUGUCAGGUUGAGACCUGUGCCUGCUGCCUCGGCAGGGCUCAGAGUGAGGGCAGCAAGCCCCUGCUACCCUUGUGGGCCAACAGUCUCCUUCAAACCAGAAUGGCUGGAGCUUGCGGGGGGGACUCACUGCAUAUCCCCCCCUGUCACCAGCCUCAUCCACUGGCCACCAGAGCAGUCAACUUAUGCAUGUGCAAGUGGCAGAGAUUUAGCACCUCACUUUGUCUCAAAAACCUGAUUUUAGGGAAGGCAGUUUCCUCUUGAGCCUGGCAUAGAUUGUUUGCAGUAACCAAUGCUGCCCUUUUACCGCCCUCAUUUUAAACUCUGUGCUGAAGCCCUGCACUCCACCAAGAGCAUCACACCUCUCAUUUUCAGCAAGGCACGGUAUUAGGUAUUCUUCAUCCAUCCAGUACCAUUCGAGGUUGAUGGAUUUGGAGUAAAUGCUUGCUCCCAGCCCUGUGCCUUCCUGUGCCAGUUCUCCUGCGGACCUGGGCAGGGAUUAGCUGUUCCCUGGCUUUGAGCACAUUAAACUCCUUCAGUUUUG